AUGGCAGCAUCCAAAUCGGAGACGAACCAGGUGUUGCUGAACGAGAUGGCGAAGCAGAUCAAGGACUUGGAGAAUGCCAUUGCGAAGCAGGCGACGGAGGCUGCGGACACCAUUCGCGAGCUGAAGAGCACCAUUGCGAAGCAGGCGAGCACCAUUGCGAAGCAGGCGACGGAGGCUGCGGACACCAUUCGCGAGCGGGAGAGUACCAUUCGCGAGCUGAGGAUGCAACUUGCUAGCGCGGGCAUCAUGCCCAUGACGAUGGCCACCAACGACACCAGCAGCUCGCGGAAGCGGACGACCUCGGAGGGCAGCAGCACGAGCUCUGAAGGGAGGCCCAUCUAUGAAAAGUCCGGCUCAUUCUUCAAGUCACUCGAGAGCAAGUACGGUGUGCUCUACGCAGACCGCCUCGAGCUGGGCCAGAGGACGGCAGCCGAGGCCGACAAGCGCCUGCUGCUCCGUCCGGCUGGCAAGGCCCUUACCGCCGCUGUAGCCGACGCCAAGAAGAAUGCUUCUGCCGUGGCAAAGGGCAAGUCACCACCUCUCCCGCCCUACCUCGCUCUCGACGACUACAACGCCCCGCGUUUCGACCCACCUCCGCCAGAGCCGCACGUCUUCAAGACCUCGGAGCUCGCCAUUCGCCUGCGUAUCGGCAAGAAGUCACACACGAUCUCCUUCGAGUCGCUCCGCCACCGCACGGUCUGGAUCGACGCCCUCUCCCGCGUCAUCAACGCCACCAACAACAAGAUUCCUGCGUCGCCGCCCAAACAGCAGCCGCAGCAGAAGGCUCGCCCGAUUGCCCCAGGCACCGACCCGCUGCCGGUCGACGCGCUGCGUGAGCUGGCCCCGUCGUCGCUGUCACCAUACGCCGCGCCAGCGCAGCUUCCCCAUCCGCGGACGGCCGCGCUCGCUGCGCUCUCCGAGCUCGUCGCUGGCUCGCCCGAGUUUGACUGGAACGCCGAGUACCAGACCCGAAUGGCCCGUUGGGUGGAAGCAUCGCGCUCCGAAGCUAGUCACGCGCCCGAGGCCGAGUUGGAGCUUGUCCGCUUUGUCGGCCUCUUUGCCGCUCGCGCCGAGCAAGUCGCUUCCAUCAUCAUCGAUGAGUUGCAUCUCCCGCUAACGUCCAAGACCUACACUCCGAAGGCCCUGCCUGACGCAGUUGCGCAGACCGACGAGGUCUACGUCGUCGACUCUAUUAUUUUUUCGUUUGCCGACGUCGGAACAGGCGCACGGCCCGAGACCGACGAUGCGCUCGAGAUGCGCAUGGCCCACAUCGAGAUGGCCGCCCUCGACGCCGUUGUCAACGCCCGCAUCCCCGGCCUUGCUACUCCUCUCAUGGCCCUCGUCGAGUACCGCGGCUUUACCCUCAUCGCCGUCACUACCCUUCCAGUCUCCGAGGCUACCCUCAUCGCCUCACCCGAGCUGGCCACUCGCCCGCCGCAGGGCUCCUCGCCCGCGGCAGCCUUUGCUGGCCUCAUGGCUGAUCUUGCCCGCCAGCUCAAUCUGAAGCCGGUUGCACCCGGAGACUCGGGUGUCGCCCCGGUCUUUGGCCCGGCCUCCGUUCUAGGUCACCGCGGCUCCGACGGUCGCUACUACGCCGUCUCGCUGCAAAAGCUAUUCCCGCCUGACCUGCCCAUCGGCGAGAUGGCCGCUGAUUUGACCCGUGUCCUCUCGCCUCGCUUCGUCACCCUCUACCCAGAUCCUCUCGUCCCAGACGCCUUUACCCAGCACGCCACCCCGCUGGGAACCGGUGCGCCCGCCGCUGCAGACGUUGGCGCCCUCAUCGGCGCCUCGGCCUACCUCCGCGAGACUCUCGUCCCGCGCCUCGCUCUCGCGCUCGACCGCAUGGACGUGCUCGCCCUCGACUCGGUCUCGUUAGCCGCCAUCCUCGCCGACGCCGGCGUCGACCGUCGCUUCCUUGGCCUCCUGGCAGACUCGGUCGAACUGCCGCAUGUUCGUGCCGUUCUCGCCACCGAAAUGGUUGCCAUCCGCGCUGCAGAGCUACUCGCCCGUUCGCUCCGGCGUGUCGUCCGCGCCCGCCGCCCACUCCUCGAGUCCGGUACCCGCAUUAGCGCCUCGAUGGUGUCUGAGAACACCGCCAACACCCUUGACUUCUUCAAUCUCGUCCUCGGCUCCUCCGACGAGUCGCACGCCUUCUGGGGCUCGGUCCUCCUGCCCGACGUCGCCGCCGCUUUUGCCCACGAUGUCGAUGCCUCGGCCAUCCCGCGCGCCGCGCUCCUCUACGCCCUCGAGCACCACUCGGGUGUCGUCCUGGCCCACACGCCCAGCGUAGACUUCUCCGGCCCAGCCCCGCUCGGCACCAACCUGGACGUCGUCCGCGGCUGGCGCCCGCGAGUCACCACUCCCGUCCCGGCCACCCUCGCCACCUCGCACCGCGACUACGCCCGUCUCCUCGCCGCUGAAGGCCGCCACAGGGCCGCCCUCGACGCCCUGGCCGUCUCGCUCAAGGCUGCGGCCCUCCUGCACGGCUUCUCCUCCCACAAGCUUGGCCCUGACUUUCUCGUCGCCUCCCGCUACGCCGCAGACGCUGGCGAUCUCGAGGCUGCUGCUGCCUUUGCUGGCGCCGCCCUGGGCGUCGCUCCGCAGUGGCACGCCUCGGCUGGUCUUGCCUACGUCGCCCACCUCCGCGCCGCCUUUCGCUCUGGAGACGUUCAAGGCGCCGCUGUCGCUUACGAAGCCGCCAUCGCGUGUAUCGCCCACCACUGGGGUCACUACCACCCGCUCCUCCUCGAGGCCCACGACACCAUGGGUGGCCUCCACGCCGAGGUCGGAGACCCGCUUCUUGCCCUAGACUACUACAAGGCCGCGCUUGACCUCUCGGUCCUUGCCCUCGGUGCCAACCACGCCAAGGCCGCGUCGUACUAUCACUCGGUUGGCCACCUCUCCAAAACCGCUGGCCUCCACCAGCAGGCCAUCAACGCCUACGAGCGCGCCCUCCUCGUCCACCAGCGCUGCCUCGGACCCGAAUCGCCCACCACUGCCCACUCCAUGUACUACCUCUCCGAAGCCUUGUAUGCAAAGGGCGUGUACGCGCGGGCGCUGGAUCUUGCCAAGCAAGCCUUUGACCUCCGCAACCGCCUUCACGGCCCCGCUUCGCCGCUCACUAUCGACUCGGCCUACCAAGUUGCCUACACCGCAGACGCCCUUGACGAUGCCGCUGCCGCCCUGCCCUCUUUUGAGCAUCUGCUUCGCUACUUGCAGGACUCGGCGCGAAGCCUUUCGGAAGACGCCGAUGCCCAGCGUGCGGCCGUCCUCACUGAGAUCCGCUCCAUCACUGUCACCAUCGUCAAGCUCGUCUUCCGCACCCUCCCGCCGCAGCACACCCUCAUCCUCGCCCGGGUCCGCGAGGCCCGUGCCCCGCGGCUCACUCAUGCCACCAUCGCACACGUCAUGGCCGCUCUCCUCAGCUCUCAGCCCGCUGAGUAUGUGCGCGACGUCUUUCGUCGUGUGGAGGCCCUCUCUCCGACUGCACACACCGAACUCGCCGCUCUCGUCCAUGUUUGCGAGGACGAUUCGGUCUUGCUUGUCGAGCACGAUGAGCCCGCUACCCAAGAUGCCUCGCUCCGGCUCUCCGUCUCCUCCUUCUUCCACAACCAGUGA